UUGCGAGGUGCUAUUUUUUUUUAAAUAACGGGGGUGGCUCACCCACAUUUUCUUUUUUGGGUUUCUCUCUUGGGGUGUGAGGUUUUGCUCUCUUGUGCAUUCCUUGGGUUUGGGGUUGUGGGAAUGUCGAAGUGUUCUUGUACUCUAUUUUUUUCUGGUGGAAAGAAGACUCCACCAUGCUGCCCCGUGGAUGUAGGCCACUGUGCUGAACCACGUAAAUCUUUGUGUUCUUUGUGUUUGGCUAAUUUAUGCUAUUUAGCUCGUUAUUUUCUUAGGCCUUGUGUGCGGCAAUUCACAACACAAAUGGAUUUACUUCUGUUAUUUACAUGGUAUCUUUGUCUCCAGAGGAUUUCUCAUGCUGCUUUUGAUCAAGAAAUCAUAUAUCAGAAUUAUCUCUCUGAGGAAACAUCAAGCCAUUUACUGGAUUUGGUCAAACCUGUACUUGUCCUUUCUGGUCAUGAUCAUGAUCAGUGUACAGUCACCCAUCAAAGAAAAUUUGGACCUGUGACAGAGCAUACUGUAGGGACCAUAAGUUGGCAACAGGGGAACUUAUAUCCAUCAUUCAUGCUAUUGUCAGUGAGUAAGCUCUCAUUUUCUAACAGAACUGAUCUAGAAGAUGCAGUGUCCACACGAUUGUGCUUUCUUCCGAUGCAAACACACAUAUACAUAUGGUAUCUCUCUCUCUUUGUUAUUACCCUCCUUGUGCCCCUCCUUCGCCCAGCAAAUGGGUUUGGCUGUUGGAAUCAUUACAGUCGCUUUAUCGGAAUCAUCAGAAGAGCAAUAAGUGGCAACACUUUUAAAGGUGGCCACAAAGAGAAGGAUGAAAACGAAAUCUGCGAGUAUGAGACAAUGUGGGAUGCAGAGGGAUCAAUGCAUCUUGUCAGGAAAGCCUCAAAAGUCUCAUUUACAAGUUCAAUUGACACAGAGUUGGUUGGAAGGGGAAAUGCUGUAGUUCGGUCAUGGAUGAAGAAACAGAUGUCUCAAAAUACCGAUGCAUCACUUUCUUUAGAGAUGAAUGGAGACGUUAGAUUAGAUGGAACUGGAAAAUUUCCCCAAAGGUCAACAUACAAGUUCAGGAGAAUGAUCAGCCUAAGAUUAUUUCGGACGUUCCAAAUGCUUGUGGUCAUUGCUGCUCUAAAUGUCCCUCUGUAUAUCAUGUUGUUGUUUAAGGAUUGGAUUGACCAUUGAUGUUGCCAGAUCAAUGAUGGAUCUGCAUCAGAUAAUUGUGCUUUCUUGCAUAUGAAGUCCUCUUUUGGUUUUGUGACCUCCAGCUUGGGUAGUCUCAAAUACUAUAUGGGUUGAGAAGCAAGU